AUGAGAGACAAGCCUUUGGCCUGCAAGCUGAGAAUGGGAUUCCUAUCAUCCUGCACUCAUCCUUUGGUAUGGCUACCACUUCUGUGUAUUUUGGCAGCGUCUGUGGCUCUUGGUAUUGGAGAUUGGUGCAGCAUUUGUGCUCUUGUCCCUGGGAUAGUGGCCAUGGCUGUAGCUGCUGGUUUGACUUGCACUUGGCUGAUGGGUCAUCCGUGUUGCCACGACACCCGGAAAGCCUCCUACUUCAUUGACACCUUGGCCCUCCCUUGUGGUGGUCAAGUGCUCAUGUCCCAUGCACCUGGCAGCCGUCGAACCUGGCAGCCCAAUCUGGUGGAGGAUCUCGGGGCGGUUCAACGUUUGAAGGCCACCUGUGUGGUGACUCUGCUGGCCUCUGAAGAGCUCGAGACACUUGGGCUCCAAGAGCUUGGAGUAGCAGUGGAGGCUGCAGGUAUGGACUGGCACUAUUGCGAGCUUCGCGACAAGUGGAUUCCUUGGAACUCUGAGGUUUAUUUGAAGGAGAUGGUGCUGCCUUUGGUUCAACGUUUGCAAAACAAAGAAACCAUUCUGGUACAUUGCAGCGGAGGCAAGGGACGGACUGGCACUCUUGUGGGAGCCUUGCUCAUGACUUCUGCCGGUGGCCACCUCUCCUUGCCUGCUGCGAUUUCGGCCAUGCGAGCAGCUCGACCCGGCAUGCUGAAGAAUCCCUUGCAGCAGCUCUUCCUUCUGCAUUUGCAAAGUCAGACCUACGCCGUAGCCUGCCUCAAAGAAGGUUCUCAGGAGUUUUGUGCUCUGGACCUCUUCCUGGAUACAAAAGAUGCCAAGCUAGCGGUGAAGGGAAAGGCCACGGUCCACCUCACUGGCUACUUUGAAGCCGAUGAGCCUGAGGAUGAUGACGCGCUGCCACCACCUCGGGCGGCCUCGCCCAAAGCGGCCCCAGCGGCAGCGAAGGCCUCGCCGAAGGCCUCGCCCAAGGCGGAGGCGAAGGCCUCGCCCAAGGCCUCCCCUAAACCAGAAGCCAAGCCAAAGCCUUCUGCCGAGGAUGACGACGAUGACAUGAUGGAAGAUGAAGAAGGCGAAGAAGAGGAGCCAAAAGCCAUCGACGAGGUGGUGAAGGCAAAGGCAUCUCCCAAGGUGGAGCCCAAGAAGGCCUCACCCAAGGCGCAGCCAAAGGCUGCCGCCGAGGAGGAUGAUGACGAAGAGGAAGAGGAAGAGGAAGAAUCAGAGGAGGAGGAUGCCGCGGUGGACCCUGUGCCCAAGGGCAAGACCGAUGCCAAAGCGAAGGCCAAGGCAGCGGCAAAGGCGGCAGCAGAUGAUGACGAUGAUGAGGAUGAGGAAGAGGAAGAGGAGGACGACGACGAUGAUGAUAUCGAUGAGCCUCCAGCCAAGAAGUUCAAAGGAGAUAAAGGUGGUGGCAAGGGCAAAGGGAAGGAUGGCAAAGGAAAGGGCAAAGACAAAGGAAAGGGCAAAGGGAAGGGCAAAGGCGGCAAAGGGAAGGACAAAGGAAAGAAAGGCAAGGGAAAGGGUAAAGGCAAGAGAUAA